AUGAUGUCUUCUGGACCGCAUCCCUCAGUCCCUCUCACACAGGCGCAAAUUGCUCAGCAACAGCAAGCACAGGCGCAUGCCAGCGAAUUAGCAAAGCGGAGAAGUCGCAAACCGACAGACAAGAAUAUUCCCGAUGGCGUGGAAGACUGCAUUAUCGAUCCGGAUGGUGUCAAGAGAUAUGCGGAAUUGAGAGACAUCGAGAGACUGAUUGACGCUACCAUUACACGGAAACGACUUGAUGUGCUCGAUGACGCAAAACGAAGUUCCAAGUUACGGAAAACCCUGCGAAUCUGGAUAACCAAUACCGUCGAAGACCAGAUCUGGCAAGGAAACAGUCUUAAUGCUGAUUCUUUCGAUUUUACGCCGGCUACGGAGGCGUCCUACCGAGUUAAGAUCGAGGGCUAUCUCCUGGACGAAGACGAUCAGAUAAAGGACGAGGAUGCGGCGCCCAAAGCCUCCCCUGCAGCAGACAAACAAGAAGACGGCGGUUCGACCCAGAAGCCUACCAGUACGGAGGCAAACCAAAAGAAGCAUCGAUUUUCACACUUCUUUCAGUCCAUUUCUGUCGACUUCGAUAGGUCUAGGUUCCGGAAUGGCUCUGAACAUAACGUGGAAUGGAGACGGCCAGAAACCUCGCAGGGCCAAGCAGGUGCCGCCGUGCCACCUGAAGCUGACUUUGACGAAUUCACCUUCAAGCGCAAUGGAGAUGAGAAUAUGAAUAUCACAAUCAAUUUACAGAGACACGAGUCGCCUGAAAGAUACCAGUUGACUCCCGAGCUCGCGCAAAUCGUUGAUAUGAAGGAAGCGACGCAACACGAGGCCGUCAUGGCGCUGUGGGAGUAUAUCAGGCUAUCUGGAUUGCAAGAGGAUGAAGAAAGGCGUAACUUUCGUUGCGAUUCAUAUCUGAAAAAGGUUAUCGGGCGAGAUUCGGGUGUUAUACCAAUGCUCGGCGAGUAUGUUGUGCCACACCUUCGCCCUCUGGCCCCCAUAUCUCUCCCGUAUACGAUCCGGGUAGAUGAAGAAUUUCACAAAAAUCCUCAGCCUACGGUGUAUGAUAUUCAGGUGCUGGUGGAGGAUCCUAUCAAGGCUAAUCUGCGCCCCUUGUUGAACAACCCUCAAUACGCUGCCUCAUUGAAGCAGAUUACCGCGUUGGAUGAGCAGCUGGCCAGGCUUGUGCAGGCGAUCUCAAUGUCUAAAGCCAAACACUCCUUCUUCUCAUCGCUGAGCGAAGACCCUGCCAAUUUCGUAAAGAGUUGGCUCAGUUCACAAAAACGCGAUCUCGAAAUCAUCAUGGGCGAAGCGGCAAGCGAUGCCGAAAAUGUUGCUGGCGAUGAGUGGCGUAGGGGCGGGAACAACAGUGUGUGGAACAGCCAAAAUGCUCGCGAAAGCGUCAACGUGCUGCUCUCUAGGCAACGAUGA